AUGGUUUAUUUUGUUUGUACUCAAAUUCAGGAACGAGCGCGAAAUUACGCCAGGCAAAGAAGAUUGGCGAAUCGAAGAACACCAAGAGCACCUGCAGCGUUUGUAUCAGAACUUGGAAGAGUACAACGUUCAGAUUUGGGCAGAAUGGACAACCAAUGUGAUGGAUGUGGAGCUUUGCAUUGGGCCGCAGAGAGGGCUGUUCAACAGCGAGUAAACGACAACUGCUUUCAUGCUUGCUGCAAAAAAGGUAGAGCUGUCUUGCCCCUUUUGCAAGAGCCUCCCGAGCCUUUAAAUAGCUUGAUCAACGGAAGCCAUCCUCGAUCCUCUCAUUUUUUGCAGCACAUGCGACAAUACAACACUUUGUUCGCAUUUACAUCAUUUGGCACCGAUGCUACGCCUGAGCAGCUCCAAAGAGAUAGAGAGAAUGAGAUGAGAGGCGGCAUCACGCCGGUUCGUGUUCAUGGGGAACUCUAUCACUUGCAAGCACCACUAAAUUUGAGCAAUGUGCCAAAGUAUAGCCAGCUGUACGUUUACGACCCAGAGUAUGCCGCUGCGAUUCGCUGUGCAGACCCCAGAAAUCAAGGAUUGGACGACACGAUCAUUGAGCAACUGAGUGAAAUGAUUGCUGCCAUCAUUCCAAACGAGUCUUCUGACAGGUGUUUCAGAGAUACAGUGCGCGAAAAAAACGUUCCAGUGUUUUGCCAAUUCGUAGUUUUACACUUACAGCUCUGUCAAAUUUUCUCCAGUUUUAAAACUAAAGUAAGACUACAAAAGCUUGGGUUUUUAGCCACAAAAUGA